UGUGAUAAAAAAAAAUGUCGGUGAAUUAUUAAAACCUCAUUCGAGGUUUUGAAAUUCAAUAGACCGGUUUGUUUACGCAGAAUCGUUGUGUAUUUAUAGAACGUCGUUAGUUUCUUUUCUUCCUGGUUGAAGCUUGGAGGACAUUACAAAUGUAACAACAAAGUUCAGAGUCUUCCUGUCAAAGAUGAUGUUUCUUUCCUCUAUGAUGAGAUUUACACUUGUUUAUAUAGUGUCCGUGAUUACGUGGGCAGAUGCUUCAAGUUUAUGGUUCUGCGAUAUGACUGAUGACCCCUGUGAGGCAGCCAACAUACGGCCUUCAUUUGAGCCGGAUUUUAGGGCAGAGAACUGCCUGUACAAGAGUUACGAUUAUUGUGAUCGCUACAUAACUCCAGGAUGGCACAGGUUUGAAGAAGACAUGUUGAAUCAUCCUCCAAAUUUACUCAGUUGUGGAGCUGUGUAUCCUUCGUGGCUUAACGGAAGUCUUCCAACAGUGGAAAACGAAGUUGUGCACAGAAAAGUAUGCAAAGUUGGUUUUGAGAGUCCAUGUGUUAAGGAUGUCACUAUCAGAAUAAAACACUGUGGUUCAUUUAACGCGUACUGCCUACCGGCACUGGAUGCCUGCUCAGAGAGAUAUUGCUUCGGUGAAAAAGACGCGUCUUGUGUAGAGAUCACUAGUUCACCUAAACCUGACACGACUCCAGCUGUCUGGAAAACUUCCACAACAAGGCAGCCACCCAAACCGACGAAUAGACCCACAACCAGGGGAACAACAAGGGAAACCACAAAGAAUCCAGUACUUGAGGAGUUCUGGUUCUGUAAUGAAGAUCCGUGCAUGUUGCCUGACAUCCCAAGGAUUCCAAACACCAAAAACAGGACUGAAAAUUGUAAAUACACACACUACAUGCAAUCAUGUGAUCGGGAUCUAUAUCCUGGUUGGUAUAAAGCAGACGACCAAGGACAGGUGCUACUAGAUAGAUGCCCGGGAAUCCUUUCCUGUGGCGCUAUUCGCCCCGUCUGGAUGCAGGGUUCGCAUCCCAGUAUUUGGGACGGAAAAGUACAAAGAGACAUUUGUACGUCAGGACUUUCGGAGGGCUUUAAUAAAAAUUGUUGCCUGGAGAAAAACAAAAUACUUGUGAAGAACUGUGGAAGGUUUAUGGCCUACUGCUUGAAACCCUUGAAUUUAUGCGAGGAUCGAUACUGCUUCGGAAAGCAUAAACCCUGUGUUGCUGAUGAUGACGAGUAUGUCAAGAAAAACCCUUUGCCACACAAAAACCGGUUAACAGAAAAUGCGCUGAUCAUUGCCGUAGUCUUAUCAAUUACACUGGCAACCAUUGGAGGCCUGGUGGUGUUCUACCUAUAUAAAGGUCAACAUUUCAAAAGAUAUUGCAAUAAAUCCGCCAUCUAUGAGAAACAAGUUCCAACCAAGAAAUUCGACAACGAUUUCCAGACUCUAAAUGUAAAAUGCAUUAACAAGGAGAAUGAUUAUGUGAAACUUCCAGAAAAAUCAGCCAACCUCACAUUCAGUUCUAAAUGUUAGGGCAUCCAUUUCGUAAGCUAAACAGAAUCUG